UAAUUUUCCAGUAUUAUCCAAUUAGCAGUUGUUUCGAGGCUAUCUACAUGUAUCAGCCACUCGUAUUAUUCUCCAAUCUAGAAAAAUUCAAAAUUUUCAAUUUCCCCUUUUUUAAGAUUAAACUUGACAAAUUGAGUUUUAACAUUGGAUAAUUUGAAUCGUCUUCUUCCUCCGGGAAUUUCAAUCGAAACUAUAUCCUCAGAGAUGCAGAAUCUGUGAAUUUAUACAGAGGAAUUUCACUUUUUUUUUGAAGAAAUGGUGACGCAGAUAUUUCAGUUGCCGUUACAGUACUGUGUUUCGAGUUUUUCUUCCGCCGGCCAACGGAAUUACGGUGUUUCUUCGUCGCCGACUCCGUUUGUUAUUUGUAAGAGUAAUGGAAUUUCCGAUGAUCUUUGGGUUAAGCGGAGGAGGAAGAAUCAGAGAUUCGGUAGUGUGAUAGUUAAGCAGGAGAAAGGAGACGUGACGGAGAUUCGAGUUCCGGUUCCGUUAACAUUGGAGCAACAAGAGAAGGAGAAACAAAAUCGAGAUGAUGAAGAAGACGAAGAAGGAGAAGUAGAUCCUGAAGAUCUCAAAUACGUCAAUGAAAUCAAACGGGUAUUGGAGCUUCUUAGGAGGAAUAGAGAUAUGAUCUUCAGUGAGGUUAAGUUGACAAUAAUGAUUGAGGAUCCAAGGGAAGUGGAAAGAAGGAGGCUGCUUGGGAUAGAAGAUGCAGAUACUCCAAGUAGAGAAGAUUUGGCUGAAGCCUUGGAGCAGGUAAAUGAUGGGAAAAUCCCUAAAGAUCGUGCAACUCUUCGGAUGCUGCAUGAGGAAAUGAUCCGUUGGCCAAAUUUAGAGGUUGAGGUUUCAAAUAAGCAACGAGGAAAAUCAAUGUACGCUAAAUCCACAGACACUGGAAUAGAUCCAAAAGAAGCAGCCAAGAGACUCAACAUAGAAUGGGAUUCAGCUGCUGCAAUUGAAGAAGCCGAUGUCGAUGAUGAACAAGGAGUAGUAACCAAAGUCGCGGGUUAUGGAGCGUUGUACUUUGUCUCGGCUUUACCAGUUAUCAUCGGUAUCUCUGUUGUAUUGAUUUUGUUUUACAAUUCCCUACAGUAGAGUCAAAUCCAUUUAGUUGUUAUACACAGCACCACCAAUGACCCAUCAUUGAUGUUUUGUAACUUAAGAACAUGAAAUGAAAAUUUCAAUUAUUGAAUCA